AUGGCGACCCAGCUGGAUCAAAAAGGGGAGUCGCGAGAUGGAGGCUCGCAGGCUUACCCCGUAGCGGAUGCGCCUCCUAUCCUGCGAUUCGCGCCUUCCUCGCAACCAUGGACGAUGGAGGAGGACGCGGUGCUGCUGCGGCACGCGCUGAGGCAUGGCACGCGGCAGUGGGGGCGGCUGGUGCGAGGCAGGCAGCUCGCGCGCGGCAACAAGGCGUGCUGCAACCGCUUCCUCUUCCUCAAGAAGAAGUUUACCCAGAAGCCCGCUGAUGCCACAUUGCCAGCUCAGCAACAGUUCCAGCAAGGCCCAUCCGUCUCCACUUCCUCCGGCCAACCACAGCGACACAUGUGUAGCCGUCCUGAUGUGGCGUUGCAAUAUGGCGGGCUGUCAUUGGUCGAGUGGAUGCAGCUGUUCCUCCCCGCUGGUAUCCGAGACAUCGUGGUCCCAUCUGCUGUUUCACCUGACCAUGCACCUGAGUUCAAUCCAGCACCUGCUGAGGCUAUCCUCGCGGAUCCGGAGCAGUUUGUACCGAGCAUGGGACGCCUAUGGAGAGAGAAUGCAGUAGCAGCAGCAGCAGUAACAGCAGCAGCAGCAGCAAUAGCAGCAGCAGCACCAGCAGCAGCAGCAGCAUCAGGACAAGGAGGAGAAGGAGCAACAGGAGCACAGCAGCGCACAGCAUCAGUGGCAGAUCGCCAGCUGGCUCACAUUCUGUUUCCGGAAUUACGAGCCACACAUGUAUGCACCAUGAACCCCAUGAAUCGGGGGAUGAAGAGGCUUCGCAAUGACAACACAGGAUUCAGCAGCGGCGGCGCUCACACCGGCACGUGUGAAGGCCUGUCGGCUGUGCAGCUUCAAAACAUUGAUGUUGGUGAUGCCUUGGCUGAGCGCUCGCUGCUUCUGCAGGCCGCUGACAGCCGGACCUGCCAGCGGAAUUGCGGGAAUAGACACAACCCUCUCCCGUCCCCUUCCUCCUUCAUACCCUUCCCUUCCGCUCCCAGCCAGUUUGCUGCUUUGUUCACGCCCACUCCUCUCAUUACACCCACGACGCUAACGGUGUCAUCAGCCCCUACCACCGUCAUCAACCGUGGCCCACUGCACUCUAUUCCCUCCUUCCCCUUACUCUCGGCCCUCCAGUCCGCCCUCCACACUCCACCGGCCAAAGCACCUCUCACACUCUCCGACCCACAGCACUACCCUUCUCAGUGCUACCCUUCCCGCAGUGCCUCCCCAAGCAACGCUGCUUCCUCCGCUUCUGUCGAAUGCUCCCCGCCUUCCUCCCAGACCUCCUCCCAACCCUCCUUCCAACACGUCUUCCGACCCUCCGCUACGCCAGUGGAAUCACAGCAGCUGCGAGCCACAGCCGCUCCGUCAGCUGCUCCUUCCCACCCUGCUGCAGCAGCAACAUCCGCAAGCGUGCUUUGCAUUCCUCCCAUUCCUCCUGUGCUUCCAGCAGCAGCAGCCCUUCCAACUUCUUUGUAUCAUGCAACAAUGGACACACCUCCCUUGUCUUCACCUGCACUAGCAGCAGAACAUGGGAGGCCGCAGAAGAUGCCUCGGACGAGCCGAGGAGUUUUGCCCCCCGCUGCUCUGGAAUUCGCCCGCUCCUUUUUUUCUGGGCUGUUGGGCAGGGUUGAUCACCAGGGAAGCGAGAGCAGCGACAGGGAAGGACUGCCUAGUUUGGGCGAGUCUUUACUGUCUGACAUGGUUACUGCAGCGACUGCUGCUCCUGGUGUAACUGCUACCCCUGAUGUGACUGAUUCUCCAGCAGCAGCGGCUCUUGCAGCAGCAGCAGCAGCAGAAGGCAUACCAGUAUGUCAGGGAGAGGUAUCCAUUUGGAAGGAUCUGAUUGAGCUGGAGGGCGGGGAGAUGGAGGUGGUCUGUGGUGUGGAGAAGAGAGCAGGGUUGGCACUGGGCUCUUUCUGCGAGCUGGAGGUCCUCUUACAGGAGAAUGAACAAGCUAGUGUGGCACCAUUUGGCACACAAUGA